AUGGACAUCCCAGGACAUAGGGAUGGAAAUCCCAGGGGGUGGGGGUGGCGAUGGUAUCCAUAUGAAGAUGCAGAUUUGAUAUUUCAGGCAAAGGUCAUUGAAUUUUCACCAUGGUGGAGACUAUUGAAGCAGUGUUUAAAAUUCAACAAGAUAAAUAUUGCAUCACAGAAAGUAAUCUAUCAUCCAGGUAGAUUGCAAAAUAUGUUAAGAGAGGACACCAGGAAAAAAAAAAGAUAUUGGUGGAAGGAACAAAGGAAUUCUGAAACUGGUUUAUUAAAAACUUUGAAUUGGACAUCAUCUAUUUUAACUUUGGAGGUAAGGCAGUAA